AUCGUCUGUGGCUAAGCAGCUAUUUGGAACAGUUUCUGGAUCCCUCUCUCCUUCUUCUACCAGAACUCUGGUCCUAAAGAGAAGUGAAUGGAUUCAUCACUAGAAACAGUGAACUUCGGAAAAUCUAUUAUAGUACCUAGUGUUCAAAAGCUGGCCGAAGAAUCCUUGCACACCAUCCCUCCUCGCUACGUAAGAUCUGAUCAGGACCCUCCAACUAUUUCCGAUGAAAGGUCGUUGCUUUCCUCGGUUCCUGUCAUAGAUCUUGAAAGACUGGCCUUUGGAGAUUCCAUGGAUUAUGAGUUGGCGAGCUUGCAUUCAGCAUGCAGAGAAUGGGGUUUCUUCCAGGUAGUGAACCAUGGAGUGAGCACUGAUUUUCUGGAGGAAGUGAAGUUGGAAAUCGAGAGUUUCUUUGGACUUCCUUAUGAACAGAAGAAGAAGCUGUGGCAGCAGCCAGACAACCAUGAAGGUUUCGGACAGCUCUUUGUGGUAUCAGAGGAGCAGAAGCUGGAUUGGUCAGACAUGUUCUACAUUACCACCCUUCCUUUCAAAAUUAGGAAGAAUGAACUCUUUGACAAUCUCCCUCUAAAGCUCAGAAAUAUUUUAGAAACUUACGCAAGUGAAAUGAAGAAGCUAGCCUUGGCAAUUUUGGGUCACAUGGCAAAAGCUUUAAAUAUGAAUGCUGAGGAAAUGAAUGAGCUAUUCAAUGACGGUGUUCAAUCAAUGAGGAUGAAUUUCUAUCCUCCAUGCCCGGAACCAGAGAAGGCCAUUGGUUUCACUCCGCAUUCUGAUGCUGUUGCUUUAACCAUUCUGUUUCAGCUCAAUGAAACUGAAGGACUGCAAAUCCGAAAGGAAGGGAAAUGGGUUCCUGUUAAACCACUUCCAAAUGCUUUUAUUGUCAACAUUGGAGACAUCAUGGAGAUUGUUAGCAAUGGCAUUUAUCGGAGCAUCGAGCAUAGGGCGACUGUGAAUUCCACAAAGGAAAGACUUUCCAUUGCAACGUUCUACAGUUCAAAGCUAGACUCUGAAUUAGGCCCUGCAGCCAGCCUCAUUGGCCCUCAUAAUCCAGCAAUUUUUAAGAAAGUUCCAUUGGAGAAGUACUUCAAAGAAUUUUUUGCUCGGAAAUUGAGUGGCAAGUCAUAUCUUGACUUCAUGAAAAUAGAAGAUGGGGAAGAUAACAUCUGAAUCUACUCAUACGAUAGACGGUUUUUUGAACAAUGGAUUUUCACACUCUCCGACAAAGAUGGGUAUUGGGAAAUUUACUGAAAUUGAAUUCCAAUUGGGCUCUAGUUUUCCAUAUAUAAGGUUACUUGCAAAACUGAUAAACCAAGCUGUCAUAUAGAAGGUUACUUGCAAACUUAUCCAUUUGUUACAAAAAGGGAAGGAAACAAAGUUAACGUUUAUUAAGGAAUUCA